AUGAAGUACCUAGCGCUCCUCGCCGCUCUCGCCGCCUUUGUCGCGGCAUCGCCGAGCGAAAACCACCUCCGGCGAAACGACCCGGACGACCUUUUGAUAUUCACCUGCGACCAGAUGCCCGAGGUCUGCCACAACAUGUGCUAUGGCGCCUACUGCGUCGGCAUCGGCACGAGGCUCAAGUACGACAAGCCCGAUUCCACCACCAAGCGCAACCGCCGCAAGGCUGCCGGAUGCAUCGAAUCCGGCGGCAACCGCUGCUCCGUCAAGAAGAAGUACGACAAGGGAUACCAGUGCGACGAGUACCCAUUCGCCAGCACCGCCGUGAUUGGCGGCGGCGAUGAUCAGACCCGCAUCAACAGAUGCGUCCCCGCGGGCGAAAACAGAAAGCAAGGCGGUAUCAUCAACAGCUUCUACCGCAAGACGUACUGCGGCGGCGGGCCCUGCGAGUUCACGGCCAAGUUCUCCAACGCCGGCAACAUCGACAUGUGCGACAGCAUGAACGGCAACACGGACGUGUGCAACGACAAGGACAACGAGGUCGAGGGCCCCGGCUUCGGCGAGCCCGCCAAAGACGGCGACGAGGCCGACGACGGGACCGACGACGACGGCGGCAACCCUGAGCCCGAGGCUGAUGCGCCCAGCUCCAAGAAGAUCAGGCGACGCACCACCAACACGGUGCAUCCCAGGUACCAGACCAGCUCCGGUCUCGAAAUCGAGAUCCCGGGUGGCGCGCGCAUCGGCCAGCGUGCUGUGACGGUUCUGCCGCGGAACGCGACGCUUUGGGAUGAGCAGGCAAAUGAUUAUGACUGGGAUGGGGAUGAGGAUGACGAUGAUGAUGACGAUGAUGAUGACUAUGGUUACAUGAUGGAUAACUUGGAUGUCAGGGACGACACCAUCGUAGCCGAGAUUUCUUAA